ACAGAUUGCUUGAUUAUGUUUUCAGAGAGUUUUAAUUAAAAUGCAACCAUGGGAUAUGAAUAAACAGAGACCGGCGUUUUAUGUGUAUAUUUUGUUUUGUAUAUAAAUAUAUAUUUGAGUCAAAGAGGAAAAAGUGGUAAAAGUAGACGCAGUAAUAUAAGUUAAAGCUCGUAAAAAAAAUAUCUCUGAAUGUAUAUGUCCUACUAUAACUAUGAUGAGCCACUUGAAUAUGCGGAUGAGGAUUAUGAUACCAUACCCGAGCAGAAUGAGCCAAUUAAUUCGUGGACAAACAUUUGUGAAACCUGCAUUUUACCAUCCACUAUGCAAAUAAUUUCGUACAUGGGAAUUAUAAUUGGUUUCAGCUUCAUAUGCCACAUAGGAAUUGUCAUUUGCUAUCACCUUAAAACCAAAAAGGAAUGGCUGCUACACAUAAUUUCUAUCUCCGCGGGAUGCGGUAUGUUAACUGUAGCUGUGGGCACUAAUUCAUUUAUUAUUAUAUUUUUUGCAAUUUUUUCGUAUUUAGUUUUUCUUUUGAUAAAUUUGUUUCCACCUUUUAGAAAGAAUAUUGGUGUCAUAAUGGUAAUAUGUACAAUUUUGACACUACUUUGCUCCGAGCAUAUAUGGAAAAAUCAAAUAGCAUGGGAAAUGAUCAAGGGAUCUGCCAUGGUUGUGAAUAUGAAAAUUAUUUCAAUAGCUUUUGAAAUGCAGGAAACCGUAUUGAAAAGCCAGCGAGCUAAAAACGUCCCGAAUAUACUUUCCUUUUGCGGCUAUAUUUUCACUCCGGCAAAUUUAAUAGUUGGCCCGUGGAUUCCAUACAGUUCUUAUUUAUAUAGCAUACGCUUAAAUCCAACAAAACAAUUUCAUAUGCGAAGGUUAAUGUGGGUCUGUUUUUGCUGUUUGCUGUCACUUGGUUUUCUCAAUUCAUCUAAUUGCAUUGUACCAUAUUUAUUUUCAAAUUCAUCCUUAGUUUGGGUGCGUAUUUUCCGCGAUGCAUUUGCCGUCCGUUGUAGCCAUUACUUCGUCAGUUUUCUGUCACAAGCUUCACUUAUCACUGGUGGUCUUCUUAUACAUAAGGACGAUAAACCAAAUAAGUGGUUGGGUCACAUGGUCACACUGCCUUUGCACAUCGAAUUCCCUCGGUCCCUGAGUUCAGCAGUGCGAGUAUGGAACGUUCCCAUGCAUAAAUUCCUGAAAGAAUAUAUAUUUCGUGGGAUUUAUAAACGGUUUAAUAGUCAUUUAGUUGCAAUUUUUGUAACUUAUUUAGUUUCCUCACUUUUGCAUGGCCAAUAUUUGAAAAUAUAUUUAGUAUUAUUUUCAUUGGCAAUAUUUGGCUUUGUUGAGAGCAUACUUAGAAAAAAGAUAUCUAUCGCUUUUAAUGCGUGUGUUACAGCACAGGCUUGCCGAAAGCCAUGUCAUUUUAAGCACUGCUCCAGUCAUGGUUGGCGAAGCGAUGGUGCGAUAUUGGUAAAACUGACGAAUCUUUUAUUUUCAAUGGUUACCAUUUUCCAUUUGGCAUACAUAGGUGCAAUGAUGAAUGAAUCUAUUGCUGGCGAAGACACGGGGUUUGGCGUUGACUUAAGUCUAUGGUCUUCAGUUAGUUAUUUUAAUCAUUGGAUAGUACUGCUUACAUACCUCCUUUAUUUAGUUAUUUAAUCUAUAGUUUAAUUAAAAGAUAAAUGUAAGAUACUUAAAUCAAUUAAUUUUUGUACUUAUAAUUUUCGCAAUAAAUAUGUAAAAUGUAUUCUUGUAAAUUUA